AUCCAUCUGCCCAUCAGUCCAUCCAGGGACGGACUGACCAUUUGGAAACUCGGGCACUGCCCGAGGGCCCAGGGUCAUAGGGGGCCCCAUGAGAUGCCCCUGGUACCUUUUUUAUAGUUUGGGCAAGGACACAGGGGCCCCAUGAUCCCCUAUUGCCCCGGGGGGCCCCAUGAGUUGUCAGUCCGCCCCUGCAUCCAUCUAUCUACCAUCCGUCCGUAUCAGUCUAUUUAUCUAUCCCUCCAUCUAUCUGCCCAUCAGCCCAUCCAUAUAUCUGCCCAUCAGUCC